UUGAACACAUUUUUGAGAACUGUUCCGAAAAAAGAAAAGGAAGAUAAUGGUAUUGUAAUUAUUGUAAGUUUUCUGGUUUUUGAGGUUAAAAAUAAAAAAUCAUAAAUAAUUUCAGCAAAGUCCUCUCAAUGAAAUUCUUGGAGAAUUUGGAAAUAUUGAAAGAGAUGUGAGAGAUCGAGAAAAUCAAACAAAUUCUCAAGAAAAUGGAUUAUUGAGAAUUAAAAGAGAAGAACAAGGAAAUGAACAUUUGGUGGGUAUUUUUAAUAAUAAAAAUCGAGACUUUCAAAAUAGUUAUUUGAUUGUUUUUUAGGUUCCUGAAUCGACUGAAAUUGAAUUGUUGCCAAAUGAAAGGCCAAUAGUAAAAGAACAACAGAAAGAUUUGGAACAAUCAGAAAACAUUUGCCGAAUUUGUGAUGUUCAAUUAAUUCCAUCAAUUCAAGCCAUUCCAGUCCCAACAAAUGUAACAGAACUUAUUAGAUUUUAUACUGCUUUUGGCGAAAAAUUCACUAAAAAUAUUUUUGAAAAAUCAAUCCCCCAUUUUAUUUGUUUGUCACAUGUUUUACAGAAGAAUUGGGAAAAUAUUUGAAUCAUAAUUCUUUCGAAAAUAAUGAAGUUUUUGUUUUAUUUUGAAUAUUCAUAGAUUUUUUGAAUACGGUUUGGACCGAUAUUAUUUGUAUUCAAAAUGCUAGAUUAUCUUUCUCAUUGUGAGAACAAAAAUGUGAGCAGGAAAUUGGGAUGAAAAAUCAAGAAAUUGGAGAAUUAUCGAAAACAAGAGCACAUACAAACACGAAUAAAUCAAAAUGUUGUUAUUGUGAAAAAUUGACUGAACAAAGAUAUAUGACUCGUGUACCAACAAAUCUCGAAGUUCGUUUACAAUGGAUAAUGAUUCUUGGAGCACAAUUCGCAGAAAAUGUUGAUAAAUACAAUCCAAAUGGAUGUUAUUUUGGUCGAAUUUGUAUGACACAUUUUAGUGGACAUUUUACACAUCGAAAAAAGUAUGAAUUUCCGGUGGCUGCUGAAAUUCAGCUACCGAAAACCGCUGAAGAAUAUUUAGAAUAUGAAAAAGAAGAAGAAAAAACUAUUGAGAAAGUGAGUUAUAAGUAAUCACAAUAAAUCCUUUUCAAAAAUAAAAAUGAAUUAUUAUCAGCCAUUUCGAAAAUCCUCUUCAUUUCUUCGGACAUGUUGUUAUUGCCUAAAACGUAUGAAACAAGACGAAAUGACACGUGUGCCGUCUCUUCAAAGUGUUCGUCAAAAAUGGAUCGAUAUUCUUGGACCUCGUUUUGCUAGAAAUUUGGAAAAUAUUAAAUAUGAUUGUAUUUGUCGAACACAUUUCAAAAGAUUUGUCAAAUAUCGAAGAAAUCAAUUACCAGUUAGAAUGGAGGAAGAUAAUGAAGAGGAUUUUGAAAUAAUUGAAGAAAAUCCUGAAACAGUUGAGAUUAUUGUAUGUUUUUGGGAAAUAUUCAUCAAAUAUAUUUCAUAAAAUAUAAUGUUUCCAGCAAAGAAACAGCCGAAGAGAAAGAAUUUAUCAAAAAUUUGAUGAAGAAUUCGAAAAUAUUGAUUAUGAAUAUGAAGAAGAACUUAUGAAUGAUGAAACUGAAGAUAAAAAUUUGGUAGAAAUCGAGAAAAAUGGAUUAUUGACAGAGUUUCAACGAGAAGAACAAAGACACAUUGAAAAUCAAAAAACUUGUCGAAUCUGUGAAAUUGAAUUGGAAAGUUCAAUCAAAACAAUUCCAAUUCCAACAGAUGCUGAUGUUUUUAUCAAAUGGUUAGAAGUUUUUGGAAAAAAGUUUUCGGAUAAUAUUUUAAGAAACUCAAAACCUCACUUUGUUUGUAUGUCUCAUGCUCUUGAAACUUAUUGUUGAUUUUUUUUGUUUUUUUCUUUGUUAUGAUAACAUUUUUUGUUGUGCAUAGUUUGAGUAUUUGAAAAUAUUGUUUGAAUACCUCAGAAAGUGUCCUGACAGCCGUCCGCGAGGUUGCGAGCUGUCGAAAGCUAGCAGAGGCUGUCCGCCAGCUCGCAUUCUCAUAAAAAGGGGAGGAUCGAGCGCAUCUCCUCGCCGCCAGCUAGCGGACAGAAAAAAUUGCGACUGGAGCAGAUUUGCUCGUCUAUUUCCUUUUUCAUUUUUUUUCGAAUUUUUAGGCCUAAAACCUUUUUAUGCCUUUUUCAUCGAAAAUUUUCACAGAAAACAUGCAAGAAACGUCGCAAAGUGUUGAAAUGGAGACGGUGCACAUCGCCAGGCACCUUCGUGACAUGAAAAUGUGUUUUUGGUGAGUGUAGAUGAUUUUUAAUUGAGUAAAUUAGUGUAAAUCUAUUUUACAGGGCUCUCGAUGUUUGAAGCGAUGUUUUCGACUGAAAUGGCGGGAUGGACGAGCAGCACAACAAUAUUUUUGAUAAAAUUUGUAAGGUAAGGUGGUUUGAAUGAAAGCUUUGGUUCCUAAGUCCCAGUAGUUUUAAAAUCAUGCUCUAGUGUAGGAACAAAUCGAUUUCAUUUAUGAGAAAAGAAAAGAACUCAUUCUAUAUGAACUUCGAAUGGAAAAUUCUAUAUUCAUGUCUGUUACUCAUAUUCAUCUAGAAAUGUAUUUGAUUGUAUUUUUCCAUCAGUGCUUGAUAAAUUAGAAAAUCAUUACUUUUAGAAAAUUGAUAGUGAUAGGAAUAAGUAGUUGCCAUGUCAUUGUCAAGUCAAGCUCCUAAAUCGCUUGUUAGCACUGACUCGCUUUCUACGAAAACCUUGUAAUUUUGGCUCGUUGAGUUUUCUAGACAUUGAACGCUCCCUCUGCAGUGUUUUUUUCAUUUUGCAGAUAAUGGGAUAUACCUGAAUAUGAAACUUGAAAAACUUCAAAAAUGACUAAAUUAUUUCUCAUUUCCCAAUGCCCUAUAUUUUUCAAACGAAGUUUUAAACAUGAUUGAAUAUUUCAGAUUCUACAAUCAUCAACCAACUCUUCGCAGCCUGGAAAACAACACAUCACCCUCCACACUUCGACAUCCACAGGAUUCUGAUAAAUGA